AAUAGAUCUGGGCUUGGCUGUUGCUACUCCUCCACCGACAAGAAGAAAUACCGGCGGUGCCGUGAUUUGGCUGAAAAACGGUUGACAAUGUCUUACAGUGACACGGUUCCGCUCCAUCCGAGCUCCCAAUCGGACAUCGACGAGAUCGAGAAUCUCAUCCACUCCAACCCCUUACCCGUCCUCCCCGCCCGCCCCCCUUCUCCCCCUCGCGCUUCCAUCCCCGUCUCCUCCGCCCCUCCUCCUCCCCCCUCCUUCAUCCCCUCCAAUCUCCCCCCUCCUUCCGCCCCCAAACCCACCCCCGUCCCCUCCAUCGCUCCUAAACCCCCUGUCCCCCCGCCGAUUGGAUCCUCCUCCUCCAGCGGCGGAAUCGCCUCAUCGGGGUUCGGUUCCCCGCCUAAUACGCUCACGGAGCCUGUCUGGGAUACUGUUAAGAGGGAUUUGUCGCGGAUCGUCAGCAAUCUCAAGCUCGUUGUUUUCCCCAAUCCCAACCGGGAAGAUCCGGGCAAGGCAUUGCGCGAUUGGGACCUUUGGGGCCCCUUUUUCUUCAUUGUUUUCCUCGGCCUCACUCUCUCCUGGUCUGCUUCUGUUAAGAAGUCUGAAGUUUUUGCUGUUGCAUUUGCACUUCUUGCAGCUGGCGCUAUAAUUCUGACCUUGAAUGUGUUGCUGCUGGGGGGUCACAUCAUCUUCUUUCAGAGCCUAAGCCUUCUUGGUUACUGUUUAUUUCCCCUGGACGUGGGUGCCUUGAUUUGCAUGUUGAAGGACAACGUAAUAAUUAAAGUGGUAGUUGUCGUCAUCACAUUGGCGUGGAGCUCGUGGGCUGCAUAUCCGUUCAUGAGCAGCGCUGUUGGCCCGAGGAGGAAAGCCCUUGCACUAUAUCCCGUCUUACUUAUGUACGUGUCUGUGGGUUUUCUCAUCAUCGCCAUCGACUGAUUCAGUGACACUUAGGUGAAUUGAUUCCAAUUAAAGUUUUGAUUUUCUGGGAUCUCCUUCAGAAUUCAGUUUCUUUUUAUGAUAAUGUUGGAAUCAUAUGCUUAUAUACACAUACUCAGGUUGAGUUCUUUUGUGCUGGUUCUGUUUUUUGAAUGGUUGGAUAUAAUUGUGAAAUGAAAUCCUACUUUCUUGACUGUAAA